AUGAUCGAAUGGGUUCAGGAUAAAUUGCGGAAUCUCAGACAACACGAAGCCGAAAGUCUGUCCGAAUUAACCAGUCCGAAGUCGGGUACCGGUCGGAGGCAUCGUUCAUUAGAGGCAUUGGACCGAAUAGAGGAGAUUAGUUUUAGUCGACCGUCCACCAGUGGCGUUCAACGCCCGGCAACAGCGGGUCAUCGACGGGUGGAGUAAGUUGUUGAUUUAUUGAUAAGGAUUUGGUUUUUUAGAUGAAUUUUGUUUCUAAAAGACGUUGCAUUUAUGAUAAAGAUUAUUGUAUUAGUGAGCCCUCCAACCCAACAGGUUUUCCAUGUUCUGCAAGGCAUGGAAAAUGAGUUUUUGUAUUGGGCCCAGUGCAAUAUAAAAAUCUUUCGAAAAUAUGCGUUUUUUUAUUUUCAGGUAAACUAUAUAGGUCUCAUAGAGCUAUAUUUCCCGUAUUUUACCUAGUAAAACCUUUGGCAUUCUCUUUUUAUCACCAUUUUUUCAGCUCCACUUUGUAUAAUAUAAUUCUUGCUAAAAAGGCCCUUUAUUUUUAGUAAAUUCGAUUAUAAACUAUUUUAAUUUCAGAAUGGAAGAAGAUUUGGAAGAGCUGGACCCGCACGGACGAUUGCCCAUCUAUUACGGACGAACCUAUCGAGGAAUAAACGAAGAUCUGAGGAGACAAUUCGAAAAGGACGACGCCGCGCGGUAAGUUCUCCCGCAUUUUUUGCGCAUUUGUUUUUAGAAAAGGGCUGAGCCUUUUGUCUCUGAUCCGAGAAGUUUUUACGGCGUUUUAUGCCGAGUUCGGGGUGAAAAAAUGUUAUUUUAACCUUCAUGUAGCAUUAAAAAAAACUGUUUUGUGUUUAGCGAGAAAUUGGUUGAAAGUAUGUCGUCGAUGAUGAGCCAGCAGCUAUGGAGUGUGCUGAAUGCAAAUACGAACCUACAGCAGCAGUUAAAAGAAGUUCAAAAUAAUUGUUCACGCCUUCAAGCCGAAAAGAUUGGUCUCGAAGAUAAAAAGCGGCAUCUUGAACAUGUAAGUGGUUUUGAAUUUGAUUUCUUUUUGAAUCGCAAUGUUUGGAAUGUAGGUUUAUAUAGUUUUUAUAGUACUUCGAAGAAUAUUUGGGAUGAAAAGUAUUACUUUUUGAACGUUUAUGCCUACUGCAAUAUAAUUUUUGCAGGAAAAUCAAGUGCAGCUUCAAGCAUGGAAUUUGAAACUUCGCGAGCUCAGGUUUGAAGUCCAAUCGAUCCAGAAAAUGGUGAGAAAUCAUAUUUUUUCAACAAAAAAUUUUCGGCCAUCAUGGAUAAUAUAAAUUGGAAGCAUAAAUUUUUGACAAUUUUUUUAGAUGAAGACUCUGAACGAUGACGCAUUACGUUUUAAAAGCAACCCAGCACUUCCAUUCAUGUUUGAAGGCAUCAAAACGAUGAUCGAAGGAUUCGUUAACCAGAGGACAAGUCAGAUUUUCGACGCUGAACAAGUCCGGGCUGAGGUCCUAAAACAAUAUGAAAUGGUGAGUAAAGUUUACUAUUAGAUUCAGACUUUUAUCUAAAAAUAGUUUGGUUAACAAUUACGGGAUUUUUCUACGGGUUUUUUGUCAUUUUAGGUGAUGCAAAAGAACUCUGAACUGGAAAAUGAAAAAUUGGACGGACAUCGACGAAAUUUGUCAUUGGAAAGCCAAUUGAAACACAUCUCAGAGCAAAAGGAGCGGGUUGAUGAUGCCAUCAGACGAAUUAUCAAGCUCCCAAAUAUUGGAAAUUCAGUUUCUGGAGGUAAAAUUUUUAAAACUUGUCUAAAAUAAUAUAAAUUUUUCUAUUUAAUAUAAUUUUUUGUAGAUGAUGUAGACUCGAAUCCUCAUGACGUUGUCAGAGCUGUCAGAACGACGCUAAAUCGACUGGAAGAUCAGCUAGAAACGGUGGAAACAAGGGCAGGCAGUGAAAAAAGAAGAGCCGACGGCUUGGAAAGUCAACUGAAAACCGCGUUGGCCGAUAAAAAAUCAAUCGAAAAACAGCUCCAAACUGAACAACAGACCAAGACCAGAUUGUAAGAUAAACUUUUCGUAUAGUUUUGGAUCUGUCUUAAUUUGAAAUUUUGAUUUGGACCUUGUUUUAGGGAGUCGGAUCUGUCGGAGAAAGAAAAGUUGCUGAAAAAGUUGAAAGAACGCGUGAAUUCUCUUGAAAUAGACAAAGAAGGACUCCGAUUUACAAUUUCGGAUUUGAAUAAGAAGUUGGAAGAAGAGAGGGGCUCAUUUCAACGACAAAUGACAGAACAGAGACGGAGGUUGGAAACUGAAUGGAAUUCGAGGCAGAAUAAAAUCACUGAUGAGAUUGGGGAGAUUGAAAAACGGGCCGAUGAAAGAGUAAAUACCCAGAGACAAAUUACAGAAGAGACGAGGGCAGAACUCCAAAAAGUUCAGCUGCAAUUGGUCGAUGCCAAUGUGGAAGUGAAUGCACUGAAAAGGGAGAUUCAGCAGCUUCGUAAGUUAUGGUUUUGGUAGUUUUAGAGUGGUAUGAGGGGUGAAAUUAAUUGUAAGGAAGUUAAAAUUUUGAUCCAGGAUAUGGCAAGGGGAGAUUUUCGAGAGAUUUUUAUUUUUUUUUUUGUCAAGUGUAAUAUAUCAAAAAGAUGUCGAAUUCUGUGUUUUAUUUUUAGAAACUGACCUCUCCAAUGCCAAAAAAGUUCAGAAGACUCACGAAGAACGUAUUAACUCACUUAAGGAAGAGCUAGAGACCAAGGAAAUUACAAUCGCAGCCUUGGAUCGAGAGCUGAACGAACAAAAUGAAAUGAUCAAAAAACAGGAAGAACAUAUUGAUCAGGUAAUUUAUUAUCAAAUAGAAUGUUGAAAAUACACUUUGAGAUACUUAUGAAUUUAUUUUAGCUGUCGCGAGAGAACGCCAACUUCCAAGCUGAGAAAUUGGAAUCAAAUGAGACGAUUACAAGGCUAAGAACCGAGAUUUUGGAGACAAAAACACUCUCGGAUCAGGAGGUUUCGACUUAUAAAGGUGGGUAAUUGAAUCAUAUUGGUGAUGGAUACGGUUUGAAUGGGAUAAAGGCUUGAUUUUUUCAGCAAAAGCCUUGGAAUCCACGGAAAAUGCGAAAAAAGUAAGCCAGUUGGAGAAAGAACUCAAAAAGUCGAAAGCUGAAGCGGAGAUGUUUAGUGGACAGUACGAAAAAGUAAGUGAUAUUGGAUUCGGAAAAUUUUGAAAGUAGUUUGAUAUAAUUUGAACUGCUUUUUGGGCAAUUUUUUACCUUAUUUUAGGAAAAAAAUGAUGAUUUUUGAAAUUUUUUGAAUAAAUUUUGAUUUUUUUAGAUAACAACUCGUCUGGAGGUUAUUGAAACCGAGAACACACAGAAAUCCACCGAAUUAUGGAAUAAUCAACUGGCUUUGCAAGAUUUGGAGCAGAGAUUUCAAGACAUUUGGGUGGAAAAUGAGUCCCUCAGAAGUGAAAAUAGAUCGACUUUGGCGAUGCUAAACGAAGAACAGAUGAGAAACAAAGCCUACAAUAAGAGAAUUGUCGAGGUUGAGACGGAGGUAAUAGUUUUUGUUUUUUUGACAAAAAAAUUGGGUUUGGUUAUAUUGUAGUAGGUAAAAUUUGAAAAUUUUUAUGUUUUUUGGCAAAUUUUUAAUGGCUUUGUUUAGCUGUCCCGCCAAAAUAUGGAUUUUGAUGCGUUCCACAAAAACGAAAUUGAAUUGAAAAGCCAGCUGCGGGAAUUGGCUGGACAGAGAGACGCUUUGGCCGAGGAAUUGGAAGAGCAAAGGAAUCAGUUCCUCAAUGCAAAAAGUCAACUGCAAAAACAGUUGGAGAAGGCGAGAACGGACGUCAGCGAGGACAGCGAGAAGAAGAUCAUCGAUCUGCAAACGAAGCUGGAUUCACUUCAGAAUUUGAAGGUAGGGUAUAUAAAAUAAAUUGAGUUAAAAAGGAAAGUACUUCUAAGGGAUGCAGAGUUACAGUCGAGGCAUAUAUCAAAAAAUUGCAAAAUUUUUCUGAUUCAAAGCAUGUAAAAAUUAGCUGCCCAAUUUUGUUUUGUAAGGGUGAAAAAAUCCUCAGAAGUUUUCUCGCAACACCACGCAAAUGCCCCUUUUUUACAAUGGAACUACUAUUAAGACAAUAAAAUUUGAUAUUGUAGGGCUUGUCAAGAUGCCAGGGUUUACUUUACAAGGAAAGUACUUUUAUGGGGGCUCCUACUUUUUGACGGGACAUAUCUCAAAAAAUCAGAAAAAAUGUGCUGAUCAAGGAUAUAUAAAUCCUAGCUGCCCAUUUUGGGUUUUUUGGCAUGUUUUGGCCGUCGAAAGUUUUGAAAUUCGCAAGAGGAAAGAAUAAAAGACGAUUUGAAAGGCAGGGAAACCGAUGAGUGAGUGGCGCAGUUGGUUGCGCAGAAGACUGGGGUUUGUGCGGAGGGGGGUUCGAGUUCCCUUUUGUGAUUUUUUUUUAUUUUUUGUAUUUUUGCUGUAAAAUACAAGUAAGGAUGUUCAAAGAUAAUUUAAGAGGCUUUUCGAAAUAAAAAAUGUCUUUUCUGGCUGUUCAGUUCAUCUCCUACGGAGAUUUAAGCCCUUCACCACGACAAUCAGCACAUUUUUUCUGAUUUUUUGAGGUAUGUCCCGUCAAAAAGUAGGAGCCCCCAUAAAAGUACUUUCCUUGUUAGCUCCAAACAAGGCUUUUGAAUUGGUGAAAACUUGGCCAAAAAGGCUUUGCGUGGUGUUGCGAGAAAAGUUCUGAGGAUUUUUUCGCCCUUACAAAACAAAAUUAGGCAGCUAAUUUUUACACAUUCUAAAUCAGAAAAAAUUUGCGAUUUUUUUGAUAUGUAUCUCCACCUGUAACUCCAUACCGCAUCGAAGUAAUUUUCCUUGUAAAAAAAUUUCAACUGGUCUGAAAAUUAGAUAUUGAUUCCUAAAUUAUAUGAUAUUUGCAGGAACGCCUUUGCAUCGACCUAAAUGAAACCUCUCUUCAACUCAAACAAGCCAAGGAAACCAUUCACGAAAAGGAUUUGCACAUUUCCGAAAUCUCAUCCGGUUUUAAUUUCCAAUUUAAUCAGCUCAAGUCAAAGAAUUCCGAGCUCAAAAAAGACGUAAAUGAUCUCACACAGGCCUUGGAUCAUGAGCGAGCCGACCAUGACGAGAAAUUGGCCCGUUUACGAAGGGAACAUGACCAAAAUGUCCAGGAACUGUAUGAAAAACUGAGAAGGUCGGACGAAAAUCGAGAAAGAGCGGAGGAAAAUGCAAAUGACCUGAGGGAAAGACUGCUAGAUGUUGAAGCAAGGAACAAGAAAGCGGCUGAGCUGGUCCUGGAACUAAGGAAACAGCUGGAUGAACUAAAGUAAGGAGGAUUUUAUGCUGUAGUAGGUGGUAAUGUCAAGUAUUGGUGAUUUUUAUGGUUAUUCAGGUGGUUAAUGGUAAUUUUAUGCGCUUUUUAGCGAAGAAAAAGAAUCACUGAGUGCCAGAUUAUCGGAGGAAGAGAACUCAUUCAGGAAUCAACUCUCGGAUGUGUCCUCAAAGAAUAAAACUCUGGAAACUCGGCUCUAUGACUCUGAACAUCGAGUACAGGAUCUCGAGAAAGCCCUAGAAGCUAGUGAAAGCAAAUAUUCUAGACGUAAGUUUUGAUUUGAAAUUAAAAUUUUGUAAAGCCCGAACUUUAGAGUAAGGUUAUCAAGCAUUGAUUAUAUACAAAAAUUUUAGAAACAGAGAAAAAUUCUCUUUUGGAGCUCCGUUACGACCAGUUGGAAAAGGAAAUCCUGAGAGUGCGAGAAGAAAACAAUCGAAUGGAAGAAAGGCUCAAGGAUUCGUACAAUCAGCUGAGUGAACUUGGAAAAUUGAAGGAAAAGCUGCAAAAUGAAGUGAAUGAGAAGACCAAAGAGAUUAAUAGUGUUGUGGAUGAACUAAGCCUUUCAAAGAGAGACCUGAAAAGCUUGAAUGUCAGAAUCGAUGAGCUGAAUCGAGUAUCGGAACAGCAAAAACAGGCCUACAAUAAUGUCGUCCAAGAGGUAAGAGAUUGGAAUUUGGUGUUAGUCGUAAAUGUGGGGUCUAGUUUAAGCCGGGAUGGACGAUUUAGUCGCGAGUUGUGGGUAUAAGGAGGUGACAUUAUGUUAUACUUGAUGUUGAUCAUCCAAAGUUUGAAAAAUUGAAAUUAUAUGAUUUCAUUUGGAAUUUUGUGGAUGAAAAUGAUUGAAAAAGAAGCUGCAGGCUUCUGAAAGGGUUUGUAAUAAGUUUUGCUCAUUUUCAGAAGCACACCAUCGAACGCCAGCUUGUCGAAACCCGCUCGGAGUUAACUUCAAUAUCAACCACAAUAAGAGAAGUUGAAACUUCCAGCGCAAAUCAGUCUGAACUCCUAAAAGAAGCACAGGAACGAGCAGAAUUUUUGGAAAGAGAAUGCGACAAGAGGACCAAGGAAUUGGAAGAAAUUUGCGUAAAAAUCGAGAAAACGGAAAAGGAAAUGGUCCAAAAAACGAGUUUGAUAAAGAGACUGGAAAGUGAGAUUAAAGCAAAGAAUGAGGAACACAGAAUUGCAACCAAGGAGCUGGAAGUCUUCAAGUCUGAGACCAAGAAGGACAACCAGAAAUUGGAGAACGCGGAGAGAGAAAAUCAUCAAUUGAAGGGAGAUUUGAAUGUUCUGAAGGGAAAAUUGAACGAAUUGCAAGACAAUUGGACCGAUCUGGAGAGAUAUGCGAGACGAGUGGGAAGUUUGGCCGGUAAGGAGUUGUUUUGAAUGCAUUUUUGGGGUUGGGGGACAUUUUAUACGAUCACAUUUUGGUAGGUUACGUAUAGGUGAAAUUGUACAGUGUUUAGGUUGUUUUGAUCUUAUUUGGACUGUAGAGUAAUGGGAAAGUAGGUUUUGAUAGAUGGCGACAUUCUAUGCGGUGAAAAUUAUAUUGUAGUAGAUAAAGAAAUGCCGGAUUUUGGUAAAUAUUAAACUAUUAAAAACUUAUUUCUGAGUUAAAAAUUUUUAUUUCAGCCCACACCAGCCACAGAUCUCGCUCUCCGAGCCCUCAUCAUGCCGAUUCGACUAUAAUUUCAUCAGAUCUGGAGGUGGAAGAACGCCCAAUCGACUCUCGAUCAACCUCAAUGCUCCUCAUGAAUGCCCGGGAAAUAAUCGAAAUCUUGGAAGAGACCCGAAUCACGGUCGAACAGAAGCUAAAGCAUAAUGGAGAAGAGAGAAAUCAGCUCGAAUUGAGGAUAGCAAAACAAGAAGCCGAGUUAAAACAAAUAAAGAUGGAGCUGGAACGGAGGGAAAUGGACGGAAAGAGCAAGAUCCAAGAGACCGAAUCGGCUUUGGAAGGUAAGAAAUGAAAUUAAAGAUUUGAUUGUGUCAAAAAUGAGAAAUUUUAUAUUAUCCAUGGUUAUUUUGCUGAUUUAGAACUGAGUUCGUUGAGAAUGCGGCUUAUUUCUCUUCAAGCCAGCCAGAAACAGCAUGAAAAUGAUCUCAAGAACAAGGAGAAUGAAGCCGCUCAUCUAAAAAAUCAAUUUUUGUCAUCUGAAAUGGCCAGGAAAGAGGCUACGGGAAGAUUAAAUGCCGCAUUUGUAAGUUGAUAUUAUGUUUAUGAGGUUGCGAUUUUAGGAUGAAUUGGAUCGCCUAAAGAAGUUGGUGUUCGAAUGCGAGGUCCGAGAAGGCCGUCUGAAAGAGACGAUUCAGAAAUUACAAGAUCGGGUUGACACCGCCGAGUCAAGCCAAAAUAGGCUGCGCCAGGUCGUUGAAGACUCGCAGCGGGAAAACCAACGACUUGUGGACUUGAAUAAGGUAUGGAGAAUAUACAGAUUAGCUUUUUGCAGCUUUAUCUAGUUUUUUUAUAUCUAAAAGACUGCUUUUUCGCAAAAAACACCUGUUUUCGAUGUUGUUCUAGAAAAAAUCAGUUUUUGAUGUCGUAAUUUUUUUGUAAGUGACACUAUUCGAUGUUGUGAGCACCCAUUUGAUUUUAGCUACCACCAGCCACUCAUAUUCCGGCAAUCCAGCACUCAUGGCCGGCAUAUCACACAACAGAAAAGAAGUAUAUACUAGUGGAAAAGUAUCUCCAAGAGGUAGUUUUUCGAUAUGUUUAGUUGCGUAAUGUGUUGUCGCUGUGAGAUUUUGUUCGCGGCUUUUUAUUUUUGAUUUUGAAGAGAUGUUUGAAGGAAUUUGGAGCUUUUUUAGGCCUCCGGAUAUUGUAGUAGGUAAAAGUUGAAAAAUUGGUCUUAAAAUGAUGUGUUACAAUUUUUAUUGUUUUAGACAUUGGUCGAGCAAUCCCAGACAGUCGAGAAGGAGGCCCAAGAAAUCAGGGAACGCCUUCAAUCACAACAACAUGAACUCAAUAAGAUUUCGAAUGAGUACAACGAGAUGAAAGAGGAUUAUAGAUCGAUGGAACGGGAGAAUAAACGAAUGAUUCAGAAACUAAAUGACUCCAAAAGAAUCGAUGACAACGUGAAAGUACUCAAAAUCGACAAUGAAAGACUGAUUACGGUAAGAAAAUUGAUUUAGGGGGGGGAUAGGUGGGACAUGGAUAAUAUAAUGAUGAUUUGGUGGGAAAUUUGGUGGAUUUAAGAUGGAAUAAGAGUUGUUUCAGAAGUUUCUUGGAAGUUGUCGUAAGAUAGUGAAGUUUGAAAACGAAAUUUUGUAGUCUAUUUUGUCUGGAGGGGAGUAAUUGAGCUAAAAGGAGCGGAUAAUUACUGCGUUUACAGCUGAAUACGUAGAUCUCAAACUGAAAACGUAAUUGUUUUGGAGAAUACAAGGUGUUUUAAAAAUGGCGUAGGGAAUAUUUUUUGGGUGUUUUAGGUAUAAUUUUUACGGUUUUAUUAUUUUAGGACCUGAAAAGAAUGGACGAGAAUUCGGAUCGCCUGAGGCGGGAAUUGGAUGAUGCCCAGCAACGACUGAAACGCUCGGAAAUCAGAUAUAACGAACUGUUCAAUCAACUGAAACAGGAGAAGAACGACAAUCAGAACUUGGUGAAUAGGAUCAAUUAUUUUGAAAAGGUGAGUUCAGGUGUUGUAGUUGGCUAAAAAAAUAUUUUUUUUUUGGUUUUUGAUUUCGAGUUUAUAUGAGUAAAAUGAUGUUUUCAGAAGGAACGUGAGCUCCAACACGAAGUCAAUGACCUCCGAGCACAAAACGACCGACUUUUGGUCGAAAAAGUGGACCAGCAACGAGAUUUGGAGGAGACUCGAAAGAAGCGUCAUGAAAUCCAAGUUGAACUGUCGGAGUACAAAAAUCAGAUGCACAGAAAUCAACUAGAACUCGAUGCACUCACACAGAGCAAGAAAUUGGUAAGAAUUCAAGCCUUGAAAUAUGGAAAGUGACAUUUUAUACGAUGAAAGAUGUGUGAGAUUCUUUGGUCGUAUAGAGUGAAAUAGUUGGAAAAUAUUGAAGAAUUUGGUUUAUUGUUAUGUGUUUUAGAUUCACGAAGAGCUCCGUCGCAAAGAAGCCGCUUUGAGAGAAGUUCUAGCCGAAAAAGGACAGAUCGGACAAGCCCUCAACCAACAAGAGAGAGAAAUGUCCAAAUGGAAGCAAACCUGUGAGUCGUUGGAGCGAAGAAUGAACGAACUCCUCGACGACAACACCAAGAAAGUCCAGGCCCGUCGAAAGGACGAACAGGAACGGCAGAUUCAACGUGCCGUCAAAGCAAAGGAGGAGCAACUCCUAAAACAACAUGAUCGGACCAUUCAAGGACUUUUACAGCGCUGCAAGGAGCUGGAAAAGUACUCUGAAGACGUGAAAAGUGAGCUGGAGAAUGUGAGAAGCGAACGGAGCCAGCUGAUGAUCAGAUUGCAACGUCUCCAGCAUGAACCGAGCCUGAGUCGAGCUGAAUCAAACACCUCAUUGACGAGAGGAUCACCUCCGGAUCAACGGGAAAUGGUGGUAAGAAGGACAUUCACGUCGACUAGAAGUGCUACCGUCACAAGAAACCAGUCAGAGGCAUCUCAGAAUCUUCAGCUGACUCCUGUGACCAGGCAGAAGAAGUACUUCUAA